AUGUGGAAAGCAAAAACUCUAGAAUCCAUGCUUUGUAGCCCAGUAAAAUGUCCAUCGCCUAACAUAGGAGCCUCAUAUACACAAUCUUCGAAGGAAAUCUCUAACACGGUUAAAAGGGAUGUGCAUCUUCCACCAUGUUCAUCGAUCAUGCACAGCUCCCUUACUUCUGAAAUAAACCAGGCCUCAUUACCACCUCCUGCUUAUCACUACGCUCCUUCUUCUCUCCACCAAACAGAAGAUCCUGUAUGGAGAUCGAGUCCCAAUUCUGUUAUCUUCUCCCCGGUUAUAGCAUCACCACAACCUUUUCCUUUAACGUUCAUUGAACGGCAAUCUUGUUGCCCUAUUUAUUCGACCGCGACUUCCUCUUAUACUUCCCAAUCUGCAUCUCCAUCUACGCAGAAUUUUCGAGACGAAAAUCACAGAGUAACGGGCAAUGAACAGUACUCCCUCCCGAAUGUCCAUACUGGGCAAAAUCCUGGGUCCCUACUGUCUCAAACACAAACUGACUUGGAUCUUAUACAAAAGCAACUACGCGCUGUGGUGAAGCUACGGAAACAAUGCCCCAUCUGUGGGAAGGUUUGUUCGAGACCCUCAACAUUGAGAACUCACUAUUUAAUACACACAGGAGACACGCCUUUCAAGUGUACUUGGGAGCAUUGUAACAAAUCUUUUAAUGUCAAAAGUAACAUGUUGAGGCAUUUAAGAACACAUCAAAAGAAAAUAGCAAAGAAAAAACACCAGUAA